AUGUCGUCAGCUUCACACACGGAUCUCUCCCUCCUAGUGGUCUCCGACCCAAUCCCGACUGUUGAGGCCAUCGACAGCAUCAUCCCUUCUCUGCUUUCCCACUUCUCUGAAGUGAAGCAGCGACUUCCGCCCCGGAACAACGACAGGGCCCAAGUCCACCGGAAAGCCGGCGGCCUUCAUGACGACAUCAGCAGAACGACGAGUUUGCCCGUCGAGAGCCGCAGAGACGGAAGCAGCAGCAACGGCAGAGGGGGCAACUCCAGCAAGAAUGAGAAGAAUUUGAGGAAAACCAUCAGCGACGGCGAGGAAGCUGCCAGCGAUUCUCUUCACGAUGAUCAGCUGUUUUAUCAGAUUGAGAGGCUUAUCAGAGACCUCAGUUAUGUCAAGGACGCGUUGGACAAGAAUAGGAAGAUGGAGGACAGUGUCGGCAAGCUGAUCAAGACCCUCUUCGAGCGAAGCAAGAACGCGGCCUUCCUAGGUUCAGCGCAAGCACCUACCCAUGCCAAUUCGGGGAAGAUCCAAGGUCAGCUCUCUGAUCUCGCUGAAAUAGUUACAAAGUUGAAGCUUCAUAUCCCCCCUUCCCACAAGCUAUUGUCCUCGACCUCCGAUGCUUCCAGGGGGAAGCAAGUGGCGGAUGAGUUUGGCGACAAUAAAGAAAUGCCUGACUUAGCGGUAGAGCGGAAGUUCCUCGGUAGUUCGGUUUAUGAGGACUUACGUGCCACCUUUGAGCGGCUCGAUGCCCGAUCAAAGUUGUGUCUGCUGUGUUUUGCUGUGUUUCCUGAGCAUGCUAAGAUCAAGAAGAGGGUCAUGUAUCGCUGGUGGGUUGGGGAGGGGUUAAUUGACUCUUCAAAUAGUGAAGACAAGCCAGUUGGUGAUAUUCUGAAGGAGUUGGUGGAUAUGGGUUUUAUUCAACCGGUGGUCAAGAAACGCAGGAUGGUGACUACGAGUAAAAGCUAUACGAUGUUACCGCUUAUACGGUCUGUGGUGGUGAUUCUGGCCAAGGAAGCGGAGUUUUUCGACUUUGAUUCGAGGGGUUACCCCACACCGAAAUUCUCAAAGUGUCUUAGGUCUUGUUUGGUGGGAUCAAAAGAGGCUUCCUUGCAGACGGCGAUACGAGGGCCUAAUUUGGAACAGCUGCGUACUUUAUUCAAUGUCAACGAGCCUUACCUGGAUUUCAAGGUGGAAUGGUUCUCAGGUAUGAAAAAUAUAAGUUCUCUCUCACUGGGAAGCUGGCGGGGGUCAAAGAAAGAUCAUAUCGAGGUUGAGAACACAGAAUUCCUCCGGGGCAUGAAGAGUAUGAAACAUCUGAAGUUAUUAAGCCUUCAGGGUAUAUCUAGAAUCACCGAGCUACCCGACUCAAUUGGGAAGCUUUAUAAUCUGCGGAUUUUGGAUCUUAGAGCUUGUCACAACCUGGAGUCACUUCCGGAUGAAAUACGUUCCCUUAAGGAGCUCAUAGUCCUAGAUGUCUCUGACUGCUACUUGCUUGAAUAUAUGCCAAAAGGGCUCAGUUUGCUUGUAAAGCUUGAAGUGCUUCUGGGGUUUGUGGUUAGUGAUCUCAAAAGUGGAAGCUAUUGUACUGUCAAUGACUUGGCCAAGCUCAAGAAACUCAGGAAAUUGGGCUUUCGCACAAGCAGUAAGUCUUUCCCAACAGAGAAGGAGUUGAGGACUCUUCAAGAAUUUAAUGUGCUUCGCAAAUUGACAAUUGAAUGGAGUGAGAAUUCUACCUCAGAAAAGGAUAAAGGUACAGAGUCAGCCGGUGAUGAUCCAAUCAAAAGCAAAUGCAUCGAGGGAUUACUUCCAUUCAAGAAAGGCGCUACCCGGAAACCAACAACUGACGAGCUGAAACUUUUCAAAAAUUUGGAGAAACUAGACCUGCUUUGUUACCCUUCGACCAAGCCACCCAAAUGGCUAACGCCUGACAAGCUUGAGAAGCUCGAGUCUCUUUAUGUCAGAGGAGGCUCUCUCCAUUAUUUGUGCCAGGUUCAAGAAGAUAAGGAGGGGAAAGGCCAGGUUCAAGAAGUUAAGGAGUGGAAAGUCAAGACUAUGCGUUUGAAGUAUUUGAAGGAGUUGAAAAUGGAUUGGAGGGAAAUGCGGCAAUCAUUCCCAUAUUUAGUCUGCUUGCAGAUGGUUGAUUGCCCAAGGCUGACCUUGUUCCCAUGCGACAAAAAUGGACUGUGGCUGAAAGAGCAGUUUUCUGAAAGCAUUUACAAGAGAUUUACAACGCAAGCAUGA